UAAUUAUUAACAAAAAUUGGUUGAUUCAUAGCUUAGAUUUUAAGUAAAUUGAAACUAUAAAACCAGCUGCUAAUUACGAAAAAAGGAAUAAUAAUGUGGAUAUUUGGAUAUGGGUCACUCGUGUGGAAGGCAGAUUUCAAAUUUGAAUACAAGUUAGUAGGUUACAUAAAAGGUUAUUUACGCCGAUUUUACCAACACAGCAUUGACCACCGAGGUGUACCUGAGAAACCAGGCAGGGUAGUGACCCUAAUACAAAGCAAUGACUCAAACAGUAAAGUAUGGGGUGUAGCUUACAAAAUAAGAUCUGAAGAUGCAGCUCAAGUUUCCCAACACUUGGACUUCAGAGAGAAAAAUGGGUACAGCAAGAGAACUGUCACAUUCCAUCCUAAAGAUAAUAUAGAACCAUUCCAGUUGACUUUGUAUGUCGCAACGGAAGAUAAUGAAUCUUAUGCAGGCGAAGCAUCGAUAGAGGAGAUAGCAAAACAGGUGUUAAGCUGCCAAGGUCCUAGUGGAACCAACAAGGAGUAUUUAUACAAUUUAGCGGCCGCCAUGAGAGAAUUAGCUCCUGAUGUUGAAGAUGACCACCUGUUCUCGCUAGAAGCAGCUGUACGGAGACUGGAUACAGAUACCAAAAAGACUUGAGUGUGAUAUUUUUUUAGUUAUUAAUGUAGUUUAGAUCAAUUUUUGCUGUGAGCGUAGUUUUGGUUAGUGUAGUAGCAUAGUUUUAUUAUAAUCUAUGUAUUUUCCUAUCAAAUUGCUGAAAGACUAUGACCUGAGCUUGUUUUAAGGUUUAUUGUGUUAGUCUGGACAUAUUUUCUUACUAUAUCAAGCUUCAGAACAUAAUUUAUUCUAAUCCUACUUCCUACUAAUAUUAUACCAAUAAGUGCGAAAGUUUGUGAAGAUGUAUGUGUUUGUUUGUUUGUA